UGUGUUGCCCAGAGACCCCACGUUGAUAAAACACUCACACUACAUCUUUUCGAGCGUCAUCGCUAGAAGGGAGAUGAGAUCAUGGACAGUCGUCAUCUGUUUGGUUGUGACUCAACUAGCCGAGCUCGGCUGUGGCAAGAGGUUCGACCCCGCCAUGGUGGACCCUCUGAUGCGACGGAGUUCCUUGGACAAGAACUUCAUGAGGUUCGGCCGAUCUAGUCCGUCCUACGAGGAGAAAGUGACGGACGACUCGCCAGGAGACGGCAAAGAGGACUUCCUGAGACCGAUGAGAGGAAAAGACAACAACUUCAUGCGUUUCGGGCGAGGAAAAGGUGACAACUUCAUGAGAUUCGGAAGGGGAAAACAAGACAGCUUCAUGAGAUUCGGCCGUGCGAGGAACGACAAUUACAUGCGAUUCGGAAGAGCCAGGGACAACAACUUUAUGAGAUUCGGAAGAGCCAGGGAUAAUAACUUCAUGCGAUUUGGGAGAGGAAAAGAAGACAAUUAUGUGAGAUUUGGACGUGGGAAGUCAGACAAUUUUAUGAGAUUCGGUAAAGGCGUCAACUACGGGAAACAAGAUAGUUUCAUGAGACUAGGGAGGGGGAAGCAAGACAGUUUCAUGAGAUUCGGAAGAGACUUUAUUCUAGACAAUCCUAAAGAGUUAGAAAGUAAUGCGGAUGAAGCUAGAGUUGUGCGAGGAAAACAAAACAAUUUAAUGAGAUUUGGAAAGAAAUUUGACGAAGACUCGAAAAACGAUUUACUUGAAGUCCCCCUGAACCCUAAACAAACUAUCAGAAUCGUAAGGGGGAAACAAGAUAGUUUCAUGCGUUUUGGAAAAUCCGACAAUGAAAACAUUCACGGCGAGGAAGAUUACAAAGAUCCAAACGAGAGUGUGAACAAUCUGUUGUCUUUGGAAGAACCGAAGGACGCAAAACCAAACUUUGAUCUAGUAGGACUUAACAGUCACACAUUAAGCAAUCCUUUUAUCAGAUUCGGGAGAAGCUCUCCAGACGAGAACGUCCAGGAGUUGAUUCCGCAAAGGUUGAAACGUUCUGUGAGCUACGAAGAAGAGCAAGAGGAUCGAGCUGUUCCUUUCGUUCUACCAGAUGACCUUGAGGAAGAAUAUGUAUCACCGAUUCGUCAAGAGGAUUACAACAACAGGAAGAAACGUUCUUUGGUACAUCACACUACAGAGUCUCCAGAUUUAGAUGAUUCCGUUGUAGACUAUAUUUCUGCUAAACUUCGCCUCCGUUCCUCCGCACCUGAGUAUGAAUCUUCCCUCCUCUCUGCAGGACUUCCGAACGUCAUCGUCGGUCCAGAGUUCUCCCUCCUGCCCAACCUCGACCCUCCGGCGUCCAUGAUGAAGAGGAGUCGCCCCGGAGACAAGAGCUUCUUACGCCUUGGGUAGAAACAGCUGACUUCUAAAUUGUUACGAGACUGUUUGUAUUUCCUCAAAGUAUAUUUUAUUUUACCUGAUUGCAGAUUAAAUAUAUGGCCGAGCAUUUAAAAAUACAGUUAUUAAAUUUCA